AUGGCUCAUCCGCCAGCCCUGCCUGCACUCGGAGAUUAUGUAGCGCCAAAUCUCAUAUUGACUGGAAUUGACGUCGAUGAAAUUCCAGAUGGCGCAAUCCCAACCGAUGAACAAAUCGUAAGAGAGUGUCACCGGAGGAAGACGUUCGAGAAACAAAGUGAAGUGAUGCCAAUUAACGCCGCUGAUGCUGCAGCAGCCGAGAUCCGGUAUAAUUCCGUGCUUAUGAGGAGAAACAAUGGUGGCAUGGUACUCGUCCACCCCGAUUUGAUGGCGAUGUUUGACCCCGAUUUGAUGGCCAUAUUUGAAACCCUCCGAGAUGGCCAAAAGGAAAUUAAGGAUCGUCAACAGGCUCAGCAAUUGGCUCAUGAACGUCUUCAGGUUGAAGUUCAAGAAGGCCAUGCACGACUCCAGCGGGCCAUAUAUGACGUCAACACGAAGUUGGACGCAAGCAUUAGGGCAAAUGCAGCGAGGAGCGUCAAUCGGUCCAUCAGAUACAACCAGCCCGAUUUAGCUUUCGGAAUUCUCCCAAAGAUCAUUGCUGGCCAUCCAUUUGUGGACCCUCCUCCGAAUGUUCCGGGAGUUGACUUUAACAACCAGGUUUAUCAAGUUGGUGCCAAUCCUCCCAACGGCCUAUUCCCACUCAAUUUUAGGGAAUUUGGUAACAUGAGGAUAGAUGUGGCCAACUCUCCGAGUAGGCUCAGGGGGUUAUUUUGGUUUUAUAAUGACCCUCGGCUUUUCAUCCCUAACAAUGCCACCAACGAAAGAUGCAGUGAAGGAUGGGACAACUUCAAGCGUUAUAUCAGGAAGUGA